AUCCUCUCUCCCACUUACUUCGAUUUCAUCAAUUCCAAUAAACUCAACACACUUUUUUACACUCCACACUCUAACCACAUACACCAUAUGGGUUUCAAGGCCAUGGACCAAACUCCCUUGUUGUCCAAGAUGGCUAUUGGGGAUGGACAUGGCGAAUCAUCCCCAUACUUUGAUGGAUGGAAGGCUUAUGAUCAAAACCCCUUUCAUCCCACAGAUAAUCCUAACGGUGUUAUGCAAAUGGGUCUUGCUGAGAAUCAGCUUACCUCUGAUUUGGUUGAAGAUUGGAUACUGAACAACCCUGAAGCCUCCAUUUGCACUCCAGAAGGAAUAAAUGAUUUCAGGGCCAUAGCUAACUUUCAGGAUUAUCAUGGUCUGGCCGAGUUCAGAAAUGCUGUGGCUAAAUUUAUGGCUAGAACAAGGGGAAACAGAAUCACGUUUGACCCUGACCGUAUUGUCAUGAGCGGUGGAGCCACCGGAGCACACGAAGUCACUGCCUUUUGUUUGGCAGAUCCCGGCGAGGCAUUCUUAGUGCCCAUUCCCUAUUAUCCAGGCUUUGACCGGGAUUUGAGGUGGAGAACAGGAGUUAAACUUGUUCCAGUUAUGUGCGAUAGCUCAAAUAAUUUCGUGUUGACAAAGGAAGCAUUGGAAGAUGCCUAUGAGAAAGCAAGAGAGGAUAACAUCAGAGUAAAGGGUUUACUGAUCACCAAUCCAUCAAAUCCAUUAGGCACAAUCAUGGACAGAAAGACACUGAGAACCGUGGUGAGCUUCAUCAAUGAGAAGCGUAUCCACCUUGUAUGUGAUGAAAUAUAUGCUGCAACAGUUUUCAGCCAACCCGGUUUCAUAAGCAUAGCUGAGAUAUUAGAGGAUGAAACAGACAUAGAGUGUGACCGCAACCUCGUACACAUUGUUUAUAGUCUUUCAAAGGACAUGGGGUUCCCUGGCUUCAGAGUCGGCAUCAUAUACUCUUACAAUGAUGCUGUGGUUAAUUGUGCACGCAAAAUGUCAAGCUUUGGAUUGGUGUCAACACAGACUCAGUAUCUUUUAGCAUCGAUGCUAAAUGAUGAUGAGUUUGUGGAGAGGUUUCUGGCAGAGAGUGCAAAGAGGUUGGCUCAAAGGUUCAGGGUUUUCACUGGGGGGUUGGCCAAAGUUGGCAUAAAGUGCUUGCAAAGCAAUGCUGGUCUAUUUGUGUGGAUGGAUUUAAGGCAACUUCUCAAAAAGCCAACUUUCGACUCUGAAACGGAGCUUUGGAAAGUUAUCAUUCAUGAAGUUAAGAUCAAUGUUUCACCUGGCUAUUCCUUCCAUUGCACUGAGCCAGGGUGGUUUAGGGUGUGCUAUGCCAACAUGGAUGAUAUGGCUGUGCAAAUUGCUUUGCAACGAAUCCGCAACUUUGUGCUUCAAAACAAGGAGGUCGUGGUGUCUAAUAAGAAACAUUGUUGGCACAGUAACUUGAGGCUGAGCCUCAAAACCAGAAGGUUUGAUGAUAUCACCAUGUCACCUCACUCUCCCCUACCUCAGUCACCUAUGGUUAAAGCCACAAAUUGAGUUUGCAUAUUCCUCUGAAUCGUUUAGAAGAAGUAACUGAUAUGUGAAGAUUACUUGGUUCUUUUAUUUGUUAUUUUGAGAAGGUACAUAAGUGCUGGAUUUGUUCUUUGGAACAGCAAUAACAGGAAAUUCCUGAUGUUGUUUUGUGAUCGGCAUCACAAUCCAGUGUCCUACAAGUUGUGCUGCUUCAUGCACGCCCCUUCAAUCUUAGGGGCAUUUUUUCUUUUUUCACUUACCAAAGGUUCAAGGUGAAAAAAGUUUAUAGAGUCUGUAAUGUUAUUGGUUUAUCAGAAGAGUCCAAAAGAUGUCUGUAAUCUGCUACUGAAAUUGUAACUUUCAAUUAUGAAUAAAUUGUUAAUAAAGGUCUUCAAAUUCAUUUCC